AUGGGCCCAGGCCGAUCCAGAGAGGUCUUCACCACACCCUCCUUGAUGCAAACGGAGCAUUUCAGCCGCUUCCAGCCCACCUACCCCUACCUGCCAGACAUUGACCUGCCGCCCACCAUCUGUCUUUCUGAUGGGGAGGAGCUGCCGCCCUAUAAAGGCCCAUGUACCUUACAGCUGAGAGACCCAGAGCAGCAGCUGGAGCUGAGCAGAGCAUCCAUCAGACCCCCCCCCAACAGGACCAUCUUCCACAGCGACCUGAUCCAUGUUUACGUCCACAGCGGUGGCCCUCGGCCCCCCAGCAGUAACUCUGGUGUCAGUGCCGCCGAACGCAUGGAGGGAAUGCCUCCCACCUACAGCGAGGUCAUAGGUCACUACCCAGGAUCCUCUGUGUUUCACCACCAGAACCAGUACAGCAAUAAAGAGCCGUUCGCCCAGUGGACAGGGAGCAAAGACAGGACACUGACAGACAGAGACAGGCAGAUGAGCAACGAAAGCACAACCACCACAGGCUCCUCUGGCUCUGGCAAGGUCAAGGACAAGGAGAAGGUCAAGGUCAAGGUCAAGGACAAGGACAAGGAGAAGAAUAGGGACAGACGACAGGACAAACCAGUGUGAGGGUGGUGGGGGGGGUUGUACCUGGUCUGUACCAAACAGGACCCACCCCUCUCAGCUGAAGGGGAGUGGCCUCCUCUCAGCCUUCCCCAUGCACAAUACGAAGAAACCUGAGGGGCCAAGCUUACAAACACUCUUUUUGUAUUCCUUCGUUCGGUGUUCAAGAGCUGUGGGCUUCUGCUUGAACACUAAGGCUUCGUAGCUCAUUUCUUGUUUGUUUACUUUUGUAUGCUUUUCAUUUAUUUAAAAUAAGAUUGUUGACACUGAUUUUGUUUGAAAGACUGUACCCAUUUAUAGAAGUUAUGGCUUUUAUUGUCUUUAAAAAAUAAAUAAAAAUUCYGGAUCAGUGCACAAACCUCCAAACCAAUUCAAAUCCCAAUUAGAGUGUCAUGAUUCUGCUAAAUCAAUGGGAUAUAUCAUCAGAAAUCUGAAGUUGACCUAACUCAUUGUUUAAAAGCUUCUAGUUUGAUUGUUUGUGUGGGCUCCAGACGUUUUGAACGACUGGUUAUUUUUCUGUUAUCAUCCACAACUCUGAUCCAGCCUAACGUCCCCUGAAACUAACUCCAGCACGGCAGC